AUGGUUCAAUCACAAGACCCACCAACAUUUAGAUAUACUGUUGAUUGGGAGAAUGGAACAAAUGCGACGACAUGUGGAUCAAGUGUAGAUACGCCAUGCAUCGAUGUUGCAAGUGUCAUCAGAUCAUUUGAUCUUGCUUUGGGUAUCAACGGUACCGAUAGAACCAAGGUGUGGUUCGAGGUAGCGUUAGUUCCCGGCACAUACAAUGGUACUGGUAAUCUAGACAAUAAUCUAUUUGGGUAUGCCAACAUUACAUUUAUUAGUACUUCUUCUUCUUCUUCUUUGGGUGUCAUAUUUGAUGCACAAGUACAAGGUCGUCCAUUCAAGUUGGUUGAGCCUACUGCAUUACCCGUACCCUACACCAAUACGACCGUCACGACAGUGUCAUUCCGUGGUAUCACCUUUACAAAUGGUCAAGUGUCAAAUACAACUCUAUCCUAUGCGAGCGGUGCUGAUCGCAAUGUCGGUGGAGGUGGUGCAUUUAUGAUGUAUGUCAAUAAUACUGGUGCCAACGUUGUGUUUGAUACAUGUACAUUCCACAACAACUCGGCUCGGUCCACGUCGGCUGGCCAUGGUGGUGCUUUGCGUACUGGUUCGGGUGUGCCCUACCAAGCUCCCAGCAAUGCAAGCUUGGCGCUACUAAACUGCGUGUUUACUGACAACUCGGCUACAGUGAGUGGUGGAGCUGUACACGUUGAAUCGGCCGUCACAACCGUUACCAACGGCGCAUUCUCACGCAACCAUGCCAGCAAUGGCAGUGGAGGUGCCAUUUUCAUCAUUGCCGACAGCGCGUUUGUUUCAAACUCCAACUUUGUCGACAAUCGCGCCAUCAUGUAUGGUGGUGCCAUCUCACUAAACUCAGAGUACGAGACGACCAGUCAAGUCGCAACGAGCAACUUUUCCACCAACCAAGCUGGUUUUGGUGGUGCUCUUGCUGCUACCAACGCAUACGUCAAUGUGACAUUAUCAUUAUUCAACCUCAACAAUGCCAUGGUGUCGGGUGGUGCAGUGUCAGUGAGCAACAUGGGAUACUUUGAAAGUGUCCAAUCCAACUUUACCAAAAACAAUUGUGUCGACGGCAAGGGUGGAGCAGUGCGUAUCGAAGGCGACUGCGAGUUUUACAUUCACGACUCUACUCUCUUUCAAUCCAACACGGCCAAUGAAGGUGCCUGUAUCUCGUUUAGCCACUCGAAUGGCAAGAUCAACAACACACAAUUUAUCGACUGCAAUGCCUAUGAUGAUGGUGGUGCCAUCUUUACAGAGUUUGGUAUCUUUUCCAUUGCCAAUGCAGUCAUUACAAACUCUAGUGCUCAAAAUGGUGGAGCAGUCUAUUGCAGUGCCUCCAAGAUUGAUUUCUAUGAAAACGUAGAGAUUUAUGACAAUGUAGAUAUUGGAUCAGACUCGGCCUCGGAUGAACCCAGUGGACCAGGUGAAAUCAUCCCCAACAGUUUCAACAUUUACUGUGGCAUUGAUCCACCAUACACUUAUUGUAAUUUUACUGGUAUGGAUCCAUUCAUUUCAAUGUGUGGUGAACCAUACAUUAAAGAAAAACAAGCCCUUACCAAAGGUCAAUUGGCUGGAAUCAUUGUCGGUGUCAUCCUAGGUGCUGGUGUCAUUGCUUUUGGUAUUGGUAUCCUCAUUACAAAAACUACAAUCAAAUCUUAUUUUGUACCAUUAAUUAGAUCAACAAAUAAUGGAGGAGAAGAAGAUGAUGAAGAAGAAGAGGAUCAUCAUAGAUAA